AUGCGCAAGCAUUUCUUCAAUGACAGUGAAACAGGAUUUUUCAAGACUCAAAAACGAGAGAGUGCUGUUAAAAAUCCAAUGGCAGAUCCUUCAAUGCUCAGUGAUAUGAUGAAGGGCAACAUGUUAAAUGUCGUACCAAUGUUGGUAAUUGGUGGGUGGAUAAACUGGGCAUUUUCUGGAUUCCUCACGACGAAAGUACCCUUUCCUCUCACAUACCGCUUUAAACCAAUGUUGCAGCGCGGCUGCGAGACACUUGUAUCAUUAGAUGCUUCAUGGGUGAGCUCGGCUUCGUGGUAUUUCUUAAAUAUAUUCGGGCUUCGAAGCCUACAUGAGUUGGUUCUGGGAUCUGACAGCGCCGCAGGCCAGCCUCUCCUCAUUCAGGAACAGAUGAUGACUGCACAUCAACAGCCGCCGGACAUUCAAAAGGCCUUCAAAGCGGAAUGGGAAGCUCUCGAGGUUGUACACCACAAAUGGGCCCUUUGUGGUUUUCUGCAGGAACGUGUCUUCUAUUAUAAGGAGCUGAACCGCACGGACCGAUAUCCUGUUUAUAAGGUGAUUUUGGGUGCGUACUGA